AUAACAUUGGACCAAAAUACGGCUUUGUAAACGGUAAUGCUUGACUUUAAUCAGUAGGGUUGUACUCUUAGAGCGUAAUGGCUGCGAGUGCAGUACAUUUAGCAGUUCGUGCUCGCACAAUAUUCGGUGUCGCAUAUCGGGAACCUGUAGUUUCUAAAAUCUGUAGAACUUUUGAAAUAAAGGAGAGAUUUCGACGAAAUCACUGUAAACGAUGGUCAAGUACUGUAUCGUCCACCUUGUCAUGUGAUCACGAUAAGCAAACUCCAGUUAAAUCAACCUACAAUGACUCAGAAUUACACGUGGAGCUCAGACGAGGACUGCCAACCGUCACUAUUCCUCUUCCGUCUCGGCGUGAACUCUGUCAGUUUACAUUAAGACCGGUAUCAAAUUCUGUUGGCGACUUUACGAACAUGUUAAAGACUGAAGAUAAAGGUGUUGACCAUGUCGUCGUUUCUAAUCUUCAAGGUGUGCGAAUCGCGUCUUCCAAUACCAUCGAAUCAUUAAUGGAAGGUGACUUCCGAUUAGCCGUUAACGAUCGUGAUUUCAUUGUUAAAGUACCACCUCACAAGAAACUUACACAGGAAGAUAUGGAACGCUUGUCGGGAGUAAGAACAUUAGUCAGUCAGUUGUACGAAUCUCUAAAUGUUGAAGAGCAUCAGAUCAAAAAAGAAAGAGAACUACUUUCAAAAUUAGAAGAUAUAAAAUUAAAACUAGAGCCACUUGAAAAAAAAAGGCAGUCCAUCGACUUGGUCGCUAACAGGCAGACUUCAAUUCUGACUUGGGUCGGACUGGGUCUUAUGUCUGUGCAAUUUGGUAUAUUAGCCCGACUUACUUGGUGGGAAUAUUCAUGGGACAUAAUGGAACCGGUCACGUACUUUGUCACUUACGGUACUGCAAUGGCAGUGUAUGCUUAUUAUGUACUCACGAAACAGGAGUACUUAAUGCCUGAUGUUCGUGAUCGUCAGUAUUUGAUCACAAUGCACAAAAAAGCUAAGAAAUCUGGUCUGGACCUGUACUUAUAUAACCAGCUAAAGGAUCAAUUGUCUUCUGUGCAAACUGAUCUUGCCCGGCUCAAAGACCCAUUAAUACCACCACAUAGAGCUCAAGUGUUGCACGACCCUUUAGACGGUGAAAUAAAUACUAACAAUAUUUAUGGUGGUCAAUUUAGUAGUAUAUUAUCGAAAAUUAAGGCUCAGUUCAAGUUUAUACGGGAUGACUUAAAAAGCAACAAAUAUUAAAUUUCACUUACAAAAACAGAAGCAACUAAAGCAGUAUUAACAUUAUAAUACAUAGUAUUAUGUUUUUAUCAUGUAUUUUUCAAUUGGUGCUACAAACAUAAACAUGUCUGUUUAAGUUAUUGUUCUUUUUGUAUACUUAAUUUCUUUACACCUAGACAACUUUAUCUCAACACAGGGUUAGAGUAUUUUGCAUGUAUUUAUUUUGCACAACUUAUUUUAAACAUACAUAAUUUUACUAUGCUUUCUACUUAAUUUUAAUCUUUUUAUCUCUGUUUUAAAACUCUUAGUUAAUCAACAUUUUACAUUUAUAUUACUAUCUAUCUUAAUACAAAUAUUUUUAUAGUUUAAAAUUUUAUGAAUAGAAAAAUUGUGAAAUACAUUGACAAGAUUACAAUCACUUAUGGAUUUAGCACCAGGGUUGUUGUUUUAAAACUAAUAUUAAAUUAUGUUGAUAAAAUAUAAAAUAUUUAAAUUUCUUAAGAUUUCUAUUGUUAAAUGUUGGGUAUAUGUAUGCUGUUACAAGCAAUUGUUUAAAAAUUCUAUAAUUGUGAUAAAUGAAGCAUGAAUCUAAAAAUUGGUAAGCUUAAUAUUAUAUUGUAUUUAAUUUAUUUAUUAUAUUCAAAUUCUUGUAUUUGUUUUCACCAACCUUUUAUACAAUAAAAUUUUAUUCUAAUUAUUUAUAAAUCAAUUUAGAUAAUUAAUACUCAUCAUUUUCUAUUUUAUUUUUUGAAUGAAAAAAUUUAAUUUAAUUUAUUUUAACAAUGACAUUCUAGUAAACCUAAAUAAA